AUGGCAAUAUUCUUUGGUGGUUCCUUUCCUUCGGCCAGACAAUCAGUGCGAACAACUCAACAGGUACCAAAGGAACCAGAGAAAACAACACAACACCUACCAAACAAAACCACCUCAACACCUCCCAUCAAAACCAUCAAAACCACCUCAACACCUACCACAGAAACCAGCAAAAGCCCCUCAACACCUACCACAGAAACCAGCAAAACCACAUCAACACCUACUACAGAAACCAGCAAAACCACAUCAACACCUACCACAGAAACCUGCAAAACCACAUCAACACCUACCACAGAAACCAGCGAAACCACAUCAACACCUACCACAGAAACCAGCAAAACCACAUCAACACCUACCACAGAAACCAGCAAAACCACAUCAACACCUACCACAGAAACCAGCAAAACCACCUCAAUACCUACCACAGAAACCAGCAAAACCACCUCAACACCUACCACAGAAACCAGCAAAAGCCGCUCAACACCUACCACAGAAACCAGCAAAAGCCGCUCAACACCUACCACAGAAACCAGCAAAACCACAUCAACACCUACCACAGAAACCAGCAAAACCACAUCAACACCUACCACAGAAACCAGCAAAACCACAUCAACACCUACCACAGAAACCAGCAAAACCACCUCAACACCUACCACAGAUUCCACCAAAACCACGCCAUCAAUUAUAACCACAGAGACCAUUACACCCACCCCCACAACACAAAUAACCACACACAUACCCAAAUCCACCCCCACAACAAUUUUAACCACAGAAACCAUCCAACCCACUCGCACAAGCACUACAACACACACUAUCAGACCAGUCUCUACCAGCACCUCCGCCUCCCCUACCACAAUACCUACUACAACAACAACUAAACAGAUCAAGACAACUGCUGCCACAACUCGUCCUACAACUGUUGCACCUACCACCAGAAUUUCUACAACAACUGAUGAUCAUGAUCAUCGUUGUAAGAAUGGAGGGACUUGGGAUGAAGAUGACGAGGAAUGUGACUGCCCGGAUGACUACUAUGGGGACCAUUGUGAAUAUGUACAUGAAAACGUUGAAAUUGAAACUGUUGAAGCAACUGUCAAUGCUGCUGUUAGGAUAAAGAAUCAAAACUUUUCUGACAACCUGAAUGACAACACAACAGAGGAGUUCAAAAAAUUUUCACGUGACUUUAAACAACAGAUGAACAUCAUUUAUAAUGGCAUAAAGGGAUACAAAUGCGUGAGGAUAAUAAACAUAAGAAAUGGCAGCAUCAUUGUUGAUCAUGAUGUAGUCAUCAAGAUAACCAAUUCAGCAGAACUUUCUCCAGGCUACCUCAAUGAGACGGCGAAAAAAAUUGAAAACAAACUGAAAAAUACAACUUGCGACAAUUCAAUAGGAGGUAGCUGCACUGGAUUCCAAUUUGACAGUUCCUAUGUAAAGGUUCAAGAAUCAGGGAUACCUGAUCCCUGUGGUUCACGGGUUCCUGAGAAUUUAAAGCAAUAUUAUCAACUGAUUUUUAUCAAAAACAAGGCCAUCUGUGCUUCAAUCUGUCAUGAAGCAAGAAAUGAUUCUGUGAAAUGUGAGAAUGGAAAGUGUGGAAUGGAAAAUGAUGGACCCAGAUGCUACUGUGACGUGAGUGAUGAUUACUGGUACUACGGUGAUUUAUGUGACAUCGCCUUUCAUAAGAAUGGGCUGAUCGCUGGUCUAUCAGUGACAUUGACUCUGCUUCUUCUGGGCCUUUUGACCCUAAUAGUAUACAUAGUAUGGUUUCGUAAGGCCACAAAAGAAGACCUCAGAAAAAGGGAGGAUGAAAAAAACAAAAUUAUAUCAGAGAAGUGGAAAGAUGGCGAUUUUGAAUGGGACAAUCCUGAGGCAAUCAUUGUGGCUAACACAGAGACCACAGACUUUAAAUGUAAUGCUGACAUGUACAAUACAGUCCACCAUGUCGUCAAGGCAGCUAAACAUGCUUUUGAAGAUUCUGACUUGAUCAGUCCUACUGAAAACAGCUGCCCCCUGCUACCUCACUUGGUUUGGGAAUAUGAGCUUGCUAGUGACCGUGUGCCUGCUUGCCAAAGCAGUAAGUAUAAUGAGACCAGGGGCAUCCAAAAGCAUAACCUAAUCACCCUGGAUGUUCAGCUCAUGAAACGCAUCAGGCCUAUUGACUUAACCAUAGCUAAAAUUGAACUUGGGAUAACAUUACAGGCAGAACUUGACUGUUGGAUCUACAUAAUAGGAAUUUGGGUCCAUCCAUUUGGAAUGGAAAAUCCUCAUUAUAAGCUUCAGAUGUUCAAAACUCUUAAGACCACCUCAACACCUACCACAGAAGCCAGCAAAGCCACCUCAACACCUACCAUAGGAACCAUUGAAACCACCUCAACACCUACCACAGAAACCAGCAAAACCACCUCAACACCUACCACAGAAACCAGUGAAACAAUAUCAACACCUACCACAAAAAUCAGCGAAACCUCAACAUCUACCACAGAAACCAGCGAAACCACCUCAGCACCUCACACAGAAACCACUGAAACCAUAUCAACAACUACCAUAGAUACGAGCAAAACCACCUUCACACCCACAACAGCAACCAACGAAACCACAUCCAGACCUACCACAGAAACAAAUGAAACCACCUCAACACCUAUCACAGAACCUAGAGAAACAACAUCAACACAUACCAGGGAAACCAGCAAAACCACCUCAACACCUACCACACAAACGAGCAAAACCACCUCAACACCUACAACAGAAACCAGCAAAACCACCUCAACACCUACAACAGAAACCAGCAAAACCACCUCAACACCUACCACAGAAACCAGCAAAACCACCUCAACACCUACCACAGAAACCAGCAAAACCAAUUCAACACCUACCACACAAACCAGCAAAACCACCUCAACACCUACCACAAACACCAGCAAAACUACCUCAACACCUACCACAGAAACCAGCAAAACCACAUCAACACCUACCACAGAUUCCACCAAAACCACGCCAUCAGUUAUAACCACAGAGACCAUUACACCCACCCCCACAACACAAAUAACCACACACAUACCCAAAUCCACCCCCACAACAACCACAGAAACCAUCCAACCCACUGGCACAAGCACAACACCCACCUCAACAGGUGUCACAGAAACCAGCGGACCCACCACAAGAGGUGCCACAGAAACCAGCGAAACCAGCAGAACAAGUACCACAGACACCAGCGGACCCACCACCAGAGGUGCCACAGAAACCAUCCAACCCACUCGCACAAGCACUGCAACACAUACUAUCAGACCAGCCUCUACCAGCACCUCCAGCUCCCCUACCACAAUAUCUACUACAACAACAACUAAACAGAUCAAGACAACUGCUGCCACAACUCGUCCUACAACUGUUGCACCUACCACCAGAAUUUCUACAACAACUGAUGAUCAUGAUCAUCAUUGUAAGAAUGGAGGGACUUGGGAUGAAGCUGACGAGGAAUGUGACUGCCUGGAUGACUACCACGGGGACCAUUGUGAAUAUGUAAUUGAUCAUCAUUGUAAGAAUGGAGGGACUUGGGAUGAAGAUGACGAGGAAUGUGACUGCCCGGAUGACUACUACGGGGACCAUUGUGAAUAUGUACAUGAAAACAUUGAAAUUGAAACUGUUGAAGCCACUGUCAAUGCUGCUGUUAGGAUAAAGAAUCAAAACUUUUCGGACAACCUGAAUGACAACACAACAGAGGAGUUCAAAAAUUUUUCGCGUGACUUUAAACAACAGAUGAACAUCAUUUAUAAUGGCAUAAAGGGAUACAAAUGCGUGAGGAUAAUAAACAUAAGAAAUGGCAGCAUCAUUGUUGAUCAUGAUGUCGUCAUCAACAUAACCAAUUCAGCAGAACUUUCUCCAGGCUACCUCAAUGAGACGGCGAAAAAAAUUGAAAACAAACUGAAAAAUACAACUUGCGACAAUUCAACAGGAGGUAGCUGCACUGGAUUCCAAUUUGACAGUUCCUAUGUAAAGGUUCAAGAAUCAGGGAUACCUGAUCCCUGUGGUUCACGGGUUCCUGAGAAUUUAAAGCAAUAUUAUCAACUGAUUUUUAUCAAAAACAAGGCCAUCUGUGCUUCAAUCUGUCAUGAAGCAAGAAAUGAUUCUGUGAAAUGUGAGAAUGGAAAGUGUGGAAUGGAAAAUGAUGGACCCAGAUGCUACUGUGACGUGAGUGAUGACUACUGGUACUACGGUGAUUUAUGUGACAUCGCCUUUCAUAAGAAUGGGCUGAUCGCUGGUCUAUCAGUGACAUUGACUCUGCUUCUUCUGGGCCUUUUGACCCUAAUAGUAUACAUGGUAUGGUUUCGUAAGGCCACAAAAGAAGACCUCAGAAAAAGAGUGGAUGUGUCAUCCUGCCAGCCCUCCUUGAUCGGUCAGGGAACCCAGAAGCCAGUUGCUAAUGCCAUGGCUCAGGGAAACAGCCUUGCCAAAGUCCACCAGUUAGCGAAACAGGUUCCUGAUUUAAAACUGUGCCACCGUUACGGUGGGGAUUAA